CCGCUGUCACUUCUGUGCUCUUCAACAGAGCUCUUCACCAAUGUCUAGAAAACUGCGAUUUACAGUAGUCAGACGCGAUCGCUAUCAUAAAAACUUUCACGAAAAGGAUUGUCCUGAUGAACGACAAGGCAGAGGUGUUUUUGUUUCAAGGCAGACAUAGGUUUUUGAUUUGUAAAUGAAGUGGUCUCCCGCAGUUUUCUGAGGAUGAGGGAGUUGCUGCAGCUGAAUUUGGGCUUCUUCACCAAAUCCUGCCUCGUGAUCGGGUUCCUCUGCGGGAUUCACUUCAUCGUGGCUUUGUUUUUUUAUUUAUCAGAGUCGCCUUUAACAUUUAUGAGUUACCGACAAAUUCAGUCACUCUCUGAUAUAUUUAAUUCACAAACUCAUAAAACUUCCGGACUCGGCAUCCAGAAUGGCACUGGAACAGAGGUAGAUGAAAAUAAAUGGAUCUAUACUAAUAGAAGUGACGUGAAAGAUGACGUGGUACUAGAGUCGUGUCCCGAGACGUCUCCACUUCUGGUGGGUCCACUGCGAGUUGAAUUUUCUGAUCCGGUAAAUCUGGAAAUGGUCCGUAAAAAUAAUCCACAGCUGCUGAUGGGUGGCAGGUAUAAGCCCAGUGAUUGUGUGGCUCUGCAAAAAGUGGCAAUAAUCAUCCCAUUCAGAAACAGAAGUGAACACCUGAAGUACUGGCUCUACUACCUUCACCCCAUCCUACAGAGACAACAGCUGGAUUAUGGGAUUUAUGUCAUACAACAGGACGGAGAGGAUACAUUUAACAGGGCGAAACUGCUCAAUGUGGGUUAUGCAGAGGCUCUGAAGGAGUACGAUUAUGACUGUUUCAUCUUCAGUGAUGUAGACAUCAUUCCCAUGGACGACCGCAACACCUACAAGUGCUCUAGCCAGCCACGCCACCUCUCUGUGUCCAUGGACAAGUUUGGUUUUAGGUUACCAUAUAAACAGUAUUUCGGUGGUGUAUCAGCAAUGAGUAAAGAGCAGUUUCAAAAGAUCAAUGGUUUUCCCAAUAACUACUGGGGCUGGGGGGGAGAAGACGACGACAUUUUUAACAGGCUGGUAUUUCGAGGUAUGAAAAUAUCAAGGCCGAGUGGAGACACUGGUAAAUGUAGAAUGAUUCGUCACUCGAGAGACAAGAAAAAUGAGCCAAACCCACAGAGAUUCAAGAGAAUCAAUCACACAAGACAGACAAUGAACACGGAUGGCAUCAAAUCACUCAUAUACAAAGUGAUCGAUAUAGAGAAAGACCAGCUCUACAGCAAGAUCACAGUGGACAUCGGCAAGCCAUGACACCUCUAGAGCUCUGAAGGAACAUUUCGCUCACUGCGACUCUUCGGAGAUCUUAAAACUGCACAGCCAUCGUGAAUCGGUUCAAAACAACGAAAGCACAUGAUAAGAAAACUUGUCUGAGAAACAAGUUAGAAUGAAAGUGACAUUCUUCUAUACACCAAGCGAAAGAACCGAUGUUUUUUUAUUAUUAUUCCUGAUUAUUAUACUCAUGCACCUGUGUGCCUCAUUAUCAGUGUCAGCUUUAACAAAGCUCAACUUCAUUCUUGUGAACCUUCUAUGCAAAGCAGUCAGUGAAGAUCACGCCUCAGGAAAACAUGAAGUUCAGCAACUAACACAAACUGAUACGCUCCUCACAAAUCUCCUCACAGAGCUUUUAAGAAAAGACAGUAUGUACACAUAUUCUGCUUGCAAAUAUGCAUCAGUAGUAGACUUUUUAGUCUAACUUUACACCCGUGUCCAUGUUAUUGUAGCCAAUCAAUAUAUAAUGUAUAAAUAUAAUAAUAUAAUGAGUAAUAUUAAAGGGAUAGUUCACCCAAAAAACUCACCUUCCAAGUUGUUACAAAAUCUGUAAGAGUUUAUUUUCCUUUCUUUCUUUCUUUCUCUCAUACAGGUUUUGGAACAACUUGAGGGUGAGUAAACAAUGACCGAAUUUUCAUUUUUGGGUGAACUAUUCUUUAGAUGAACAAAAUGUGUGUAAUACAUUUUAAAUACCAAAAUAUGGUUUCAUUACACUGUUUUACAAUAUCAUUUAAAAGACACUCCUACAUAGCGUUCUUCUCUUUUGAUUGUUGAUUAUUAUUUAUUUUGAUUGGUGGAGGUUGAGUGUUGUGUGUAAGCAAUUAAAAAUAUCUCACACUAGGCCAUGUGGGACCCACUGAAUAUUAAGUAAUAAUAAUUGGUGAUGUUAUAUGGGGGGUUGGGGGUGGUAUAGUUGUAGCUAAAUAAAUCAUGAACGAUUUCAGGCUCUUAUCAACUAUGAAAAAGUGACUGAAAAAGCAAACGCGUUGAUGGGAGAGUGUUUAAACUGAUGUUUCAAAGUCUUCUAAAUGUUUUUGAAAGAAGUUUCUUGCACUCAGUUGCAUUCAUUUGAUCAAAUAUAUUGUAAGAACAGUAAUAUUGUGAAAUAUGAAGUAAGGGAUAAUGUACAUCCAGCCGGUAGUUAUCGCAGAAUAACCCCUGAUAGGGUGAGCAGGAACCAGACUUGAAGA